AUGACCACAUCACACAGACCACAGUUAGAAGCAAGAAGCGGUGCAAAAGCGGCCGCUUAUACACCAACAGGCAUCGAGCAUGCCAGAUUACUACCAGGACAUACAACAUUAAAAUACAGGAAAUUUAAAGAGGAGGAAAAUCUUAGAGCAAACUGUGCGCAAGAAGAUAGGAGCAACGAUAAAUCUUUAGAGGAGGCAGUAAUGAACGAAGAGAAACAGGAUGUUGUGGGGAGUGGGAACCUCCAAGAAACCCGCAGUGAGAAAGACCAAAAAGACUCGUUGCAAGAGCUGCUGGUUACUCAAAAAAAUAAAGUGGAAGAUAAAGCAGAGCUUGAAGGAAAUGAACAAUUAAAGGGAGGAAAUUCGUCUAGGCGAUCGUGGAGAAAGGGCACGGCGUUUGGACGCCAUAAAGUAACCAAAGAGACAAAUAUUAAGGAACAUGCAACAAAAAAAUCAGCGUCCGGAUACAUUAACGAUAUGACAAAAUCUGAAUAUCAUCAAGAAUUUCUCCAUAAGCAUGUUAGAUAG